AACUUUUGUUUGAUAUUUUAUCUUUUUACCUCUAACAGAAUAGGCUGGCUACCAUAAAGCAAGUUUACAGAAACUUACGAACAAGCCCAGCAAAUUUAAAUACCUAAAGCCAUUCAUUAAGUACCUGGAUCGUUAAUUACAACUUUUUUAUUUUCCUCAAUGACAAAGGAACACUCGGCGAAAAGAAAAGUAGACAAGUGUCGUGACACGCACCCCUCGAGGAGCGAAGAGCGGGGGUGUGCGCCCAGCCUAUCGCCGCGCUGAACGGAGCCUCCGGCGGCGCCCAUUGGCCCUCUCGCAGGGGGUGCGCGCCCCGCCCCGUCCUCGAAGCUCGCCCUUAUUGAAUUAGGCUUAUCAUUCGAUUUCGAGUGGGGCGAGAGCGCGGUCCUGCGCUGGCAAAAACUAACGUUGCGAUCCGAUACCAUCUGUAAUCGGCAUAAUUCGAUAUACUCGCGGCUCAUCCAAUUAUGUGGUUGUGAGCCUUCGCGCUUUCUGACAGAAGACGCACGCGCCCCGCGCGGCGCGGCGCUCUGCCGCCGGUCUUUGGUCCAUGUGAAGAUCAGAUCAGAGUGACCAUGGAGUACGGGUACUUGAGCGGUGCUGGUGGUGGGUUCGAAGGCGGCUGCCUGGGCUCGGGCGGCGGCGAGCUGUCUUGGGGCGAGCUGGCGUCGUGCGGGCAGAUGUCGCAGGCCGCCUACCGGUACCAGGGCAUGCGCUACCAGCCGCCGCCGCCGCAGUGCGCGCGCCCGCAGGACCAGCCCAUGAGGAACCACCACAUUUUCCCGCCGGCUAUGAACUUGCAACCGGGAUUACCAUACAAAGUAUACGGCGGGCACGAAGGCUCCCUGACGGAGAAGAGGAAACAGCGGCGGAUUAGGACGACCUUCACGUCGGCGCAGCUCAAGGAGCUGGAGCGGGCCUUCCAGGAGACGCACUACCCCGACAUCUACACGCGGGAGGAGAUCGCCAUGAAGAUAGACCUCACGGAGGCCAGGGUCCAGGUGUGGUUCCAGAACCGGCGAGCGAAGUUCCGCAAGCAGGAGCGGUUAGCGCAGCAGAAAGCAGGCGAGGCCCCAGUGAAGGCGGAGGGGAAACGAGACAAGCCGGCGUCGCCCGCGGUGUCGCCGCACCCGCCGCCGGCGCCCGCGCCGCAGCCGGCGCAUCAUGCCCUGCCGCACCUCUCCCCUCCCGACCUCAAGCCUAUCACGUCAGCAGCAAACAAAUUAUGCGAAGAGCUGAACGGUAUCGGAGGAGGCGGGGGCGCGGCGGCGGGCGGCGGCAAGUGGUCCGGGGGCUGCGGGCUGCUGCGCCAGCCCUCGGGCUUCCCUCUACUCAGCGUGGCCCCGCCGAACUACCUACUCUCCGACCACCUCGGCCCGCUAGCCAAAACGAACAAUCAUCUUUUCUAAUGGCUGUAGCGUCCCGGCGCCGCCCGCGACCCAACCGCGCUGCACACUAACCCACAUUCCUACUAACAUUCCACGUGAUGUGACACUUCCAAUAUUAGAAGUGAAAAUUAGAAUCAAACGAUUUAGUGACUUGUGACGAAACUCGAAGUGAAAACAAUUUCAAGUGCCAAAAGUUCGUGUCCAUUAUAUUGUAUUGCAAUAAUAAACUUAUAAAACGAAUUUUAGAUUUAUUUAU